ACAGUGUUUGUCACCAUCUGCUGGUUCUUACACACACACACACACACACACAGAUAGACGCCAUCAUGGUGAUCAGGUGGGGAAUCUGCAGCGCUGGGAAAAUCAGUCAUGACUUCACAGUGGCACUGAAGACUCUGCGAGCAGAAGAUCACCAGGUGGUGGCGGUGGCGGCGCGUGACCUGAAGCACGCGCAGGAGUUUGCUCAGAGACACAGCGUCCCGCGCGCAUACGGCAGCUACGAGGAUCUGGCCAAAGACCCAGAGAUCGACGUGGUGUACGUGGGCACCAUCCACCCUCAUCAUCUGUCCGUGGGCGUUCUCUUCAUGAACGCUCAGAAGAACGUUCUCUGUGAGAAACCUCUGGCCAUGAACCUGAAGGAGGUCCAGGAGCUGAUCGCCUCGGCCCAGAAGAACCACGUCUUCCUCAUGGAGGCCGUCUGGACGCGUUUCUUCCCGGUCUCCGUGGAGAUCAGCCGGCUGCUGUCGCGGGGCGAGGUGGGCGAGGUGAAGGUGGUGCGAGCGGAGUUCGGCGCUCCUCUCACACAUGUGCCCCGCGCCGUGCGGAAGGAUCUGGGAGGAGGAGCGCUGCUCGACAUCGGCGUCUACUGCCUGCAGUUUGUGCUCAUGGUGUUCAACGGAGAAAAACCAGAGAGCAUUCAAGCGACGGGAGUCUGUCUGGACACUGGUGUGGAUGAAGCGAUGGUCGUCACGCUGAAGUUCUCUGGGCACCGAUUGGCCGUCUGCACCUGCACAAUCACCGCCGAGCUUCCGAACGAAGUCGUAAUCGUCGGGACGAAAGGCACCAUCAAGGUUCCGGCUCACAUGUGGUGCCCGACGUCUCUGAUGGUGAACGGUGUGGAGACUCAGUAUCCGGUGCCGGAGCCGGCUCUGCCGCUCAACUUCAUCAACAGCACCGGCAUGUGUUACGAGGCCGAGGAGGGUCCGGCGCUGCUUCCCUCGCAGGUGCAGAACUACACGAUCAACACACACAACUUCACACACUUAAGACAGAAGCAGGUCGUGACUGGGAGAUGGGCUUGUGUGUUCACUGUGUUGUGCGGAGCAGGUCUGAAGGAGAGCUCGCGCAUGUCUCACGCAGACUCUGCGCUGCUGGCUGAGAUCAUGGAUGAAGCCCGGCGGCAGGUGGGCGUGGUCUACAGCCAGGACAGCCUUUGA